GACUGUCCGAUUACUUCCCAUCCGACGCUCUUUAUUCAAAAAGCCAAAAAUAUGACCGUUAAAAAGUUUUAAAAAAAAAACGCUCCUUUCUCCAUUUUUUCCUCAAUAUAAAUCCCAAAUAGUUUCGCCAUAAUUUCUCUUUGUUAACUCAAAAAUCUGUGAAAAAAUCUUCAAAAACUCACAAAUUGAAGAACGAUACGAUCAAAGAGCGAAGAAGCUUGACGAAAGGAGGAAUAGUGGCGACCGAAAAUAUAGAAGGAGAAGGAGAGGAGGUGGGGAAUAGUCAUCGUCUCCAUUCUUUUCUUUCGUCAAUUUUGAAUAGUCUUGGUGGAGUUUUUGGACAGAUUAAUAUUAAUCAAGUAGACAAAGAACAAGAUCAAGAAGAAGAAGAUACUGAAAUGGAUAAUAACAAGAAAGUUGUUGCUGUUGUUCCUCAUAAUUUACCUAGAGGAGACAUGGGAGGAAAACAGAAAAUUGGACAAGGACAAGUCGUUGGGAAAAAUAGGCGUGUUCUCGGAGACAUAGGCAACCUUGUGACAGUUGCUCCUGCUGUCGAAGGAAAGCCUAAACCGCAGAUUACUCGUCCUGCUACUAGGAGCUUCUGUGCUCAGUUGCUAGAAAACGCACAAGCAGAGAAAAACAAGAAACCACUUGCAGAUGUUGUCAGUAGAGUUGGUCCUACAAAGUUACAAGUUAAGAAGAAGGCAUCAGAUCUUGCACAUGAAACUGUUAUUGUCACAAGCCCUGAUAAGGAAGUGAAGACUAUUGAGGAAAGCCCCAUGAUGAGCAGCAGAAGAAAGACAAAGAAAACUGGAAAGACUCUCACUUCUAUCCUCACAGCAAGAAGCAAGGCUGCUUAUGGACUUGCCAAUAAACCAAAGAAUGAAGUUGUUGACGAUAUUGAUGCUGUGGAUGCUGACAAUCAUUUGGCUGCUGUGGAGUACGUUGAGGAUGUCUACAACUUCUACAAGCUCACUGAGGACGAAAGUCGAGUGAAUGACUACAUGGAAUUUCAACCAGAGUUGAAUCAUAAGAUGAGAGCCAUUCUUGUGGACUGGCUAAUAGAAGUUCAUAGGAAGUUUGAGCUAAUGCCUGAAAGUCUAUACCUUACAAUCAACAUACUGGACCGUUUCCUCUCGAUGAAGACAGUUCCAAGGAGGGAACUUCAGUUGGUUGGCAUUAGCUCAAUGCUAAUUGCUUGCAAGUAUGAAGAGAUUUGGGCACCAGAGCUCAAUGAUUUCAUUCAUAUAUCAGACAAUGCAUAUGCUAGAGACCAGAUACUUCAGAUGGAGAAAGCAAUUCUUGGUAAGCUUGAAUGGUAUCUGACAGUUCCAACACCAUAUGUUUUUCUGGUUAGGUACAUUAAAGCUUCAACGCCUAAUGAUCAAGAGAUGGAGAACAUGGCUUUCUUCUUUGCUGAACUUGGUCUGAUGAACUACAAGACCACAAUAGCAUGUUGUCCAUCAAUGCUGGCAGCAUCGUCAGUUUACGCUGCUCGUAGCACACUCAACAAAAGUCCACCUCUAUGGACUCAAACUCUGCAGCACCAUACUGGCUACACAGAAGAUGAGUUGAUGGAAUGUGCAGAACAGUUGGUUAGCUAUCACUUGGGUGCUGCGGAAAAUAAGCUCAAGGCAAUAUACAGAAAGUUCUCUAGUCCAGAUAGAGGUGCUGUUGCCCUCUUCCCACCAGCAAGAAAACUUUCACCAACUACUACUACUACUUCAUAAUGAUUGUUAGUUUGGCAAAGUUUUGUUGAGAUCAUGUUUUGUGGUGUGAUGAUCUAUUUAGAUUUUCUAGUCCAGGUGCUGUUGCCCUCUUCCCACCAGCAAGAAAACUUUCACCAACGACUACUACUACUUCUUAAUGAUUGUUAGUUUGGCAAAGUAUUGUUGAGAUCAUGUUUCUGGGUGAUGAUCUCUUUAGCUUUUUAGAAUGGUGUGUGAUUUUGGAUUUUGGAGUGUGAUACUUUUGGAGAAACUAUGGUUUAUUUUUACCUACUAGUGAAGUCACGUACAGUAACUUUUAUAUGUUCUUUUUUGGUGAAUACAUUCAUUCUUUAAUGUGUGUA